AUGCCAGCAUUUUCUAGAGGUCUUAGACCUUUCCUUCGAUCCGAUUAUAUCUGUUCGAAAUGUCUACAAUUUUCCACUACGUCAGCGAUAUCUUCAGGUCACAAUCGAUGGUCGAAAAUCAAGCAUGACAAGGGUGCUGUGGAUGCAAAAAAGACGAAAGCCCGUUCUAUCAUUGCGCAUGAUAUUGCGUUGGCUGUAAAAUUGCAUGGAGCCGAUCCAUACAUAAAUCCAAGACUGGCGACUGUCCUAGCUGCUGCGAAGAAAGCUGGUUUCCCAAAAGCUUCCAUGGAAGCUGCCAUAGCCCGUGGACAAGGAAAAUCUACAACUGGAGCUGCGCUACAGAAAGCAACUCUAGAAUGCAUAAUGCCGCCACAAGUUGCCAUGAUAAUCGAAGCCGAAACAGACAGCGUUAAUCGUACUAUGAUGGACCUGAGGCAUCUGGUCAAGACUCAUGGAGGAACUGUUACACCUACUGCAUAUCUAUUCCAGAAGAAAGGAUGCGUUACGUUCGAGAAAGACGAGAAAAAUCUAGGCGUAGAUGAUGUAAUGGAUGAAGCAAUCGAAGCAGGAGCAGAGGAUUUAGAAGUCGAUGAUGAGGGAAAUAUUGUCGUUUGGACGGAACCGAAUAUGGUAACAGUAGCUGGGGACGCUCUACAGAAGAAAUUCGAUAUUAAAAUCGGAAGUUCCGAUAUCCUGUGGGAUCCGAAUGAAGAUACAAAUGUGCCAGUCGACGCGGGGGAGGCAACGGAUAGACUCAUUUCCUUCAUUGAGUCUACAAGAGACAACUCCGAUGUCCAAGGAAUUUAUGCAAAUGUGGUACAGGGAAAUAUUGACGAUGGAAAAUGGGAAGAAUUGAUCAGUGGAUUGGACUGA